UUCCUAGUAAUUAUUACGAUGUUUUGCAGCGGAAACGCUCUUCAUAUGGAUACUAUGGCCACGAAUCAGGCGGAUUCUUCGUAUUUUGUUAAUGGAGCACCCGAGGACUGUCAAAUUUCUGCAAGCAACCAAGUUGUUGGAGUUUACUGUGCUGAGCAAAAGUAUUUGUUCUUUCAUAAAAAGGAUGAAUUCUUCAAUGGAGAUUUAUCAACUCAAAAGGUUGAGAUUCUGAAGCCUGAAUAUGGUAUUGCUAAAGUUCAUAAAGGAAGCGGAGACUUUUUUGUCACUUCAACUUUUAGUGACGAUUCAAACUGGGCUGUAACACAAGUCGUUGAUGGAGAAAUAAAAACUGUCCAUUGGAGAGCUUAUGGCCUCACUCCUUUAAACUUUGCAUUUGAUGAUUUGCUCUUUGUAGAUUACGGAAUUUUUGUUGGAGAUGGAAAAUAUUAUUGGGGUGUUGGCUAUCUUGAUAUGGAUAGCAUCAGUGUAAACUUCAGAGAGACCACUGAAGUGAAAGGACUUGAUAUCAAAUUCAAAGAGGAUGGUUUUUUUGGAAUCCUUUGGAGCACUCAUUAUAUCGAGAGCACAGGAUCUUACCAGCUUUAUAGAAGAGAUAUAAACCCACUCUUCCAUAUUUUCAACAAUGUGACGUACACCUCGAUCGGUGAUAACUGAGGAACAGUUGUGGAAUCUAGCACAGAUAUAGUGGCUGUAGCUUGACCUAGUUCAACAGAUCCCACCUCCUCAUUCAUCACUAUUCUGAAAGUAGAUGGCCUUACAGUUAUUCAUACUCAAACAUCUACUUCCAAUACCUUCUCAAUUGGAGGAUCCUUACAAAUUUUAAGUUUUAUGAAUCAUCACCAAGUGUUUUAUCGUUCCUUGAAGACAUCAACAGGGUAUCUAAGUCAGAUAAGUAUGAUAGAGGUUUUCCAAGACAAACAGAACUCUUCUGACUUCAAGACUCACCUUAUUGAGGAAGCCUUUUCAGAUGAUACUUACAAAUAUUUUGGAAAGCAUUUUAGUAUUUCCUCUUCUGGAGCCACCAACAAAAUUUAUAUAUCGAGCGCUCUCAGUGGUUCAACCAACAGCGUUGCCCAUGAAUUCGAAGUUGCCAGCAUCUGCAGCCACCAACAAGUCUACGCCAGCUCAACCAAACUCUGCCUUCCUGUUAACUCUGGAUCUGUGGCGCUCGGCCUUCAGGCUUCCUCUCCUACCACCUGUGCAUCCAUUGACGACUCAGUUGAUUAUAACAGAUUCAUUGGAGAGUCCAUCUGCGACUUCGGGUGUUCAUCUGGUCAGUUCGGUAAGAACUGUCAGAGCUGCUCAGCUUACAUGGCUAGGGUCGGGCAGGUAGCUCCAUCAGGAUACAGCUGGGACGACACAGCAACUAAUCAAUGCAAACUCAAAAGCAGCACGACUGGGUUGGCAUAUUGCACAGAGUUCACGAGGUGUUCGGAGUGCAUCUCAUCAGGACAGUGUGAGUACUCAAACUAUCAAUGCAAGUCGACGACUCAAAGUUUGGAGGCAUCGCCUGGAAGCAUCUACGAUAAAUGAUAUUCUGAAGGAACAAAAGAACAUCCGAUCAAGUUCUGUGGUCAAUCUGUCAUUGAUAUGAGAACUUUUAACUCUUCUUAUAAUGUAAUGCCCACUAACUCUAAGAUGCCAAGAGGUAUCCUUUGAAGAUAUAAGCUAACUCUCAAUGAGUCUAUUAGCGAUUCCUUCACUAUUGAAGCCGACUCCUCUGUCACCAUCAAAAUGCAGAUGGUGAAGAAUGGAAUUCCUUCAGAUGUAAAUCCGACUUCAAGAAGGAAUCUAGGUCAAGAUGGAAGAAACUUAGCAUUAGCAUCUUCCACCUUUUCUGUUAGUGACGCAGAUUCUGUGAACGUUCUGUUCAUGACAAACAGUGAUCUAGAUGGUCCUACUAUAUCAAUGGCUUCCUCUAAGAACUAUUAUGACAGCGGUGUGAGUACUCCUUCCCCAUCUCCAAUAGUUGAUAAUGGUCCAUCUGCUGUUGGAAGAACUGACGCAAAAUCUUCAAAUAGCAAGAAGAAGAUAGGAAUUAUCCUUGGAGUCUGCCUCUCAGUAUUUGUAAUAGCUGUGAUCUUAGGGGUGAGCUUGGUAUGCUUCCUUAGAAUCCGCAAGAGAAAGAAGAGCUCUGAGACCACAGUCGAAGGAUCAGAACAAGUUGAAGUCAGCAGGACUUCAAGUGAAAUUCCUCCAUUGGAGGUCAGGAAAAAAUUGGAUAUGUGAAAAGAAGAACAGUAUGCGUGAAAAGUAGAUGCCUUCAGUAUAGGAAAUUGCAUUGUAUGUCUAAAAGAUUUUCAGGAUGAAGCUAAAGUGAGAGUAAUCCCUAAGUGUAAUCAUAUGUUCCACUCUGAUUGCCUAAAGCAAGUGCUGCUCUCAUCAUACAAAGGCGAUAAAGUCUACAAAUGUCCUCUUUGUAACAACAGAAUUUAGACGAACUCUUCUAUAAUAUUUUCCCGGUAA